AACACACUGUUCACAGAUGAAGCAGUUCAUAUUCCCAAAUUUCCUCACCAUAUAGAGAUGCUAUCAUCCGCUGUACAGUUGAACGCCGUCGCCGCCGCCGCCAACCCGUGUUUCGCUCCGGGAACCUACUUUUUCCCGCCAAAGCCUCUUUAUUUCCCUCCAAAAUCCAAUCUUGGAGUACUACCCAGAAAAGCCAUGGCUUCUCCUCCAUUUCUGGGGCUCAGGGUGGGUUCAAAAUUGGGAAUUGGCGCGACCUCCAGCGGCGGUUCAGUGGGUUCCGAGGACGGUGGAGCUUGCACGCUGAUGGAGUGCAUGGGUCCUAAGGGGUACAAUGUGGGUGAUGACUUGGCGGUGUUGUUUGGUCAUUUGGAGUAUGCCUGUAAGAGGAUUUCUGCUCUUGUUGCCUCCCCUUUCAACUCCAGCCUCGGAAAAAACAUAGUCGCCGGCGAUGGGUCUGCAUCUGGUAGAGAUAAGCCCAAGCCUCUUGAUAUUGUUGCGAACGAGAUUAUUUUGUCUUCGCUGCAAAAUUCUGGGAAGGUUGCGGUAAUGGCUUCUGAAGAAGAUGAUGGUCCAGUGUGGAUAUCCGACAAUGCCCCAUUUGUGGUGGUGUUGGAUCCCUUGGAUGGUUCAAGAAACAUUGAUGCUUCCAUUCCCACAGGGACAAUCUUCGGGAUCUAUCACCGCCUCCCAGAACUCGAUCAUUUGCCUGUCGAGGAGAAGGCUUCGAUGAACUGCCUCCAGAGUGGAACUAAGCUUGUAUCUGCUGCUUAUGUUCUGUACUCAUCAGCCACGAUAUUCUGCACGAGCUUUGGAUCGGGAGCUCAUGCAUUCACACUUGACCGUUCCACGGGAGACUUCAUCCUCACACAUCCAAACAUUAGAAUCCCCCCUCGAGGGCAAAUUUAUUCUGUCAAUGAUGCUCGAUAUUUUGACUGGCCCGAGGGUUUAAGGCGAUAUAUUGACACUGUAAGACAAGGCAAGGGUAAGUAUCCUAAGAAAUACUCAGCCCGGUAUAUAUGUUCCCUCGUUGCUGAUUUUCACCGGACUCUUUUAUAUGGCGGAGUGGCAAUGAACCCAAGGGACCAUCUCCGUCUGGUGUACGAAGCAAACCCGCUGAGUUUCCUAGCAGAGCAAGCCGGGGGAAGAGGCUCGGAUGGCAAAACCCGAAUUCUAUCUAUCCAGCCAGUGAAGCUACACCAAAGACUGCCUUUGUUUUUGGGGAGUCCAGAGGACAUUGAAGAGCUAGAGAGCUAUGGAGAUGUACAGCAGAAAGUGAAUCCAGGCUAUGAAGUCUAGCCUUCAUGUGUUUUUAGGUUACAAUGGCUCUUUGUCUCCCAGAAAUUUGCAAUGUUGUGGAACUUGUUGAUUGCUUCAAGAAAUGAGAUGUACUUAUUGUACAUAGUAAUAAGGUGAAAGAUUCAGAAAUUUGUAUUCUACAAUUCAUAGCUUUGAAAUGGAAAAAUACUAAAUGAAGUGUUUUACAUUAUGAAAUUU